AGUGGACAAUGGAGGUGCUGUGUUAUGGUUUAACUCUCCCAUUGGAUGGAGACACAGUCAAACUCUGUGUGGACAUCUACACUGAUUGGCUGAUGGCCCUGGUUUCCCAGAGAGACUCCAUCCCUCCACCAAUCAGCAGAGAGCCAAACCUGUAUGGGCAGAAGAUCCUCCGAUACCUGUACAGCCUGUUUAUACCCAGGUCAGAACAGGUGAGUUCGGUCUACCUGUCGCUCUGUCAGACAGGUGUUGUGUGCAGUUCAGUUGUUGGCCAGAGAAAGCGCUGUGAUGAGCAGAGACACCUGGGAGACUCUUCUGCACUUCCUGCUACGCAUCAACCACGCUAUUAUGGCUUGGCCUACCACUACAGGCAGUGUAUGGGAGCAGCUGUCCGACCUGUCGAUGGCGGUGCUGUUUGAUGUCUGGUUGCUGUCUUGUUCUCGCUGUUUUCCAUCUCGCUCUCUGUGGCUGAUGGCUAGACAGAUGUUGAGCAGCUGGAGACAUCAGCCUCCAGUGGUGGAGCAGUGGAGCCGAGUCAUCACCGCCCUGACCU